AUGGCCCGCGUCGCCUCCUGCGGCCAUAGUCGUUGUUGCCUCCAGCGGCCGGCGUUGCCUUCGGCAGCCACCGCUGCUGCCUCCAGUGGCCCGCGCCACCUCCGGCAACCACCGCUACUACCUCCAGUGGCCUGCGUUGCCUCCUGUGGCCAUCACCGCUGCCUCCAGUGGCCGACGUUGCCUCCAGCAGCCACUGCUGCCUCCAGUGGCCCGCGCCACCUCCAGCGGCCACCGCCUCUACCUCCAGUGGCCCGCGCCACCUCCGGCGGCCACCGCCUCUACCCCCAGCGGCUAGCGCCGCCUCCGGCGACCACUGCCUCUCUCUCUCUAGCGGUCAAUGCCGCUUCCGGCGGCCAUGACAACUGCCCACUGCCGCCUCUUCCCGCAUCUAGCGUCGUACAGCGGCUACUGUCGUCUCUCCCAGCAGUUGCCACCACUUCUUGUGGCCUUACAGGCGACUCUAGCGUACCCAUAGGCGACUCCGAUGACUCUACAGUCGGUGCCCACUUAUUAUCCGGCCUGCGCGCCGUUGUCGCAUUCCGGCUUGCGAGCCGAGGUCAUAUGCCGGCCGUGUCUCCAUCGUAUUUCGAUUGUGUGCCACCUUUAGAUCCAGGACGUAUUCGGCUCCAUGUCGUCACCUCCGGACCUCCUCUUCAGUCGGCUCAAAUGCAUACACUAUUCCGGGUCACAACGACUCUAUCAGCUUCACUACCAGUUCACCGAGGGUGCCCCCCCAGGGCCAAGCGGUCGACGUCGCCUCCAGCAGCUACCGCUGCUGCCUCCAGUGGUCCCGCCACCUCCGGCAGCCACCGCUGCUGCCUCCAGUGGCCUGCAUCGCCUCCUGUGGCCAUCACCGUUGAUACCUCCAGUGGCCGGCGUCACCUCCGGCAGCCACCGCUGCUGCCUCCAGUGGCCCGCGCCACCUCCGGUAGCCACCACUGCUGCCUCCAGUGGCUUGCGUCGCCUCCUGCGGGCAUCGCCGUUGCCUCCAGCGGCCGGCGUCGCCUCCGGCAGCUACCGCUGCUGCCUCUAGUGGCCCGUGCCACCUCCGGCAGCCACAGCCUCUACCUUCAGUGGCUCGCGCCACCGCCUCUACCCCCAGCGGCCACCGCCUCUACCCCCAGCGGCUGGCACCGCCUCUCUCUCUCUCUAGUGGACAGUGCCGCUUCCGGCGGCAAUGGAAACUGCCCACCGCCGCCUCUUCCCGCGUCUAGCGCUGUACAGCGGCCGCCGCCAUCUCUCCCAGCAGCUGCCACCACUUCUUGUGGCCUUACAGGCGACUCUAGUGUACCCACAGGAGACUCCGAUGACUCUACAGCCGGUGCCCACUGUUUGCUGCGCAGAUCUGACCAUUGUUGGAUGUCUUCCAUCGAGUUGUUCUAUUUCGUUUUGUAUCAUUAUCAUCAGUGGUGGAUCCAGGAAUUCAAUCAUGGAGGGGCGGUCGCAAUUUGA